AUGAACAUCCCGACUUUGCGAGGCACUCCCGUGCACACCACUGUGAUCCAGGUCGAGCAGAUUAUAUCGAUCCGAGACACUCUCUCCAUAUCGAAUGCCAACCUUCUCGCCAACCGCACCGCUUCGACGUCUGUUAACAGAGACACAACCCAGCAGGCUAUCACGACCGCAUCGGCCUCUCGAUGGGCAGACUUCAGUCUCGAGGUCCUUACCGAGGUGUACAAGAAUAUCCUCGAUCAGAUGGUGAUGCCGCCUCGAGGCGUCAGGAGUGGCACAUUCGACAUCCGGAGGGUUCAGGAUGCAACAACCAUGUUCAUUGAACACCUGAGUCCACCGCUUGAAGAGCCCAUCAGUCGAGGCGCAGCCUUCUUGGGAGGUCAAUCUAAUCGCCAAUUCCCGGCUGUCGUGGUCAAAGUGAGCAACGACAUCAAAUUGAACAAGGGCGUCGAGACUUACAAUCCUCCCCUGUCCUUCGUGACGGGAGAUGGAGCUCGGACCCUAGUUGUCGGUUUUUUCCUCCAUGCUAGAGCAUGGAACUCAAACAAGUUGUUGCACACCGAGACUGCGAUGGCGAAACGUCCCCUUUUACGUAUCGCCAAAUACUGUCUCCUCGCCCAUACACGUUAUGGGUUCAUCAUGACAAUGGACGAAAUUGUGGUCGUGCGAAUCAAAGGCACAGUGUUUGAUACCAAAGCGCCUUGCCAUGUGGAAUGGCAGGCCGUUCCGUGGGUCGCACAGGGUCCCUAUGAGCUGACUGUUUGCCUGUCGAUGUGGUCCCUGGUCAUGCUCAGCCUUGACGACCUGCGCCUAUCAACCUCCCCUUCGCACUACAUGCCUCCUCCACACCAUAUUCCCCAUCCCCGAUCUCUGAACAUCUGGUGGCAUUACCAGAUCCCUGGAGGAUUUUUCUACCGCCAUCCUUCAUCUGGGCAACGCGAGGCGGACCUUCCAGAAGGAGCCACGUUUGAGGAGGGGCCUACUGAGACCUCCUCUUCGACGUCUUGA